UUGCCUGACUCGCUCGACUCGAUAGAUUCAAUUUUGUGACAGCGAAAGAUUUUGCUUGUGAUUUGGCGAAUAGGCAAAGAUAAAGUAGGGAAAUUUUUAUUACCUGCGAACGUUUCGAGUUCCAUUACCAAGUUGUCUUUUUUAUACGGUCAAACUCGAAGAUUCGCUUAUCGCAAGGACAUUUAUAUCCGACCCUGAAUACUGAUACGGAUAAAUGGCUGAAAUAAAGGCCAUGGAGCACCCAACUUUGAAGGUACCGUAUGAAAUUCUUAACAAAAAAUUUCGCAUCGCUCAGAAAACAUUGGACCGCGAGCUGAGUCAAAUUCAGAAUGCUGCGUCCGAACUGGAGAAAGGUUUAUCGGAUGGUUCGGCCGGUUCGGAAAUUUCUCGCUUGCUGGGUGGAGUCGUAGAGCGCCUUCAUAUGUUGAAACGUAAAGCAGAAGAAAGCAUAUCGGAGGAACUGUCUGCUGGCUUGGUUUGCAAACGCCGCUUGGAACAUCUGAAGCAGAACGUAAAUCCGUCCAUGGAUACUACUACGAUGGAACUCCAAGCGGCAGCUACCAGUCAGUGGAAGAAGGUUCGACUUGAUCGUAUGAUCGUGGAGCAUUUUCUACGGUUAGGUUAUUAUGACACGGCGGAACGGUUAGCGAUCCGCAGUGGAAUCCGGGAUCUCACCAAUUUGGACAUUUUUCAAAUUACCCGCGAGGUCGAACGUGACUUGGCUGCUCGAAGCACGGCUAAGUGUAUUAUCUGGUGCAACGACAACAAAUCGAAACUGAAAAAAAUAAACUCGAAUAUUGAGUUCCAACUUCGAGUACAGGAGUUUGUGGAGUUGAUUCGUGAUGACAAACGCCUAAUGGCGGUAAAGCAUGCCCAAAAGUACUUCCCCGCUUUUGAGCACGAGCAGUUGAAAGAGAUUCGCCAAUGUAUGGCCCUACUUGCUUUUCCAGUAAAUACUGAAAUCGAACCUUACAAGACGCUUUUCGAUCCCCAACGCUGGAACGAUCUGGUUCUACAUUUUCGGCUGGAAAACUAUCGAUUAUUCCAGCUACCAGCACAAUCGGUGUUGAGUGUGGCAGUUCAGGCUGGUAUAUCUGCGCUCAAGACGCCACAAUGCUACUCGACCACAUCAAAGAAUAUGAACUGCCCGGUUUGCCAGAAGAACAUCAACGAAAUCGCAGAGAAUCUGCCAUUUUCGCAUUGCGCCCAGAGCAGGCUGAUUUGCAGAAUUACCGGUAAACCACUGAACGAGCAUAACCUCCCGAUGAUGCUACCAAACGGGCAGAUUUUCGGUCAGCAGGCAAUCGAACAGAUGCGACGUGAUAACGACAUUAUCGUUUGUCCGAAAACAAACGACAAAUUUCGCUCGCCGAAGAUCGAGAAAGUAUUUGUUAUGUAGUAGAAUGGCCAACAUUUCAUCAUGAUUGUCAUCGGCAAACCAGGUUACGGUGUUAUGCAGUUCUUGUUUUACUAGGGUCCUGUACAUUUCAAAAUUUCAAGGACAAACGUCCAAACAUUUAAUUGGGGUACUAUUUUUUUUAUUACGAUAAUAAUUGGUAAUAUUUUACCACGAUUAGCUUGCAAUAGUAGUUUCCCCCCGUUGGAUAGUCACUUUUAUUUUUUAUAUUUUUGAAAAUGAUAUCAAAAUCAAAGUUAUAAGACAGAAUGAGUUUCAAGAAUUCAAGUGGUUUAAAUUAUUUUUCAAAUUACGUGUAAUGUAGCAAUAGCGUACGUAUAUCAAUAUAUCAUAGCAUAUAAAUUAUAACAUAAGAUACGUGGAUGAGCCAUUAAAGCGUCGUUGGAGUUCCCAGAGACUAGACGUAAAAACGUUGAAUACCAAAAACACGCCAUCUCUACGACUUGAACACAGUCUGUUUCUUCUAUGCUCUAUGCAAAUUAUUACGGUUUUAUCUUUAAACACUUUAAUUUACUAACAGUCACAUCUCAUCUGGAAAGAGUUAAGGUAUUUGAUCAAUUUUUUUAAAGAAAAAAAAACAUUGGAUACUUUUUAUUGAUAUUAAAAAUUAGCAUUACAAUGUGGCUGUUUUGCAGAGAUUUUCCAAAUUAUAUUUAUGGGUUCUUCAGUAGUUUUAUUAACCAUUGUUUAUUAUCUUUAUUUUAUACUUUCGGCAGAACACAAUAUAAAUAUCGUGUGUAUACCCAUGAUGUAUCAUUACUUAUAAAAAUAAAAUAUCGGACAACAUUCAAAAUACUAUAAAUCAUAGCAUUGAAACAUCCAAGCGUUGUAUCAAGUAUUAAGAGCAGAAAUGCUAUGAUAUUAUUUUAAUAAUAUUGCAAAAUACUAGAAAAGGCGUAUUCAUUAUUCUGUUUGAUAAAAUUAAAAAAAAAUCUGCGCAUUUAGUGUGGUCGAUAUGGGAUUGGUCCGUCGUUCAUAAUUUUAAAGAGUUUAUUAUAUUUUAUAAUGAGGAACCCAUUUUAGGCCGACUGCGACUUUAUGAAUACAAUUACAAUUGGAUUAGUUUGUUUUAUU